AUGUACAACAUGCAAUUCCAUCCCCCAGGUUUUCAAUCGCCAUCGCAACCAAUAGCUGAAAUAAACAACGUUUUGGAUGAUCCCGGCAACAAUAAUUUUGAUACAUCCUCCGGUACUAUCGCAGAAAGACGACAAUUACAACAAUCGAAGCAGUAUAACAUGGAAGCCUUCCAAUCGACGCCUAAACCGACCUAUAAAGUAUCACAGGUCUCGUCGCCGCAGCAACCAUCUUCAGUGACAUCCUUCCAUCCGAGAUCGUCCAUGUAUCAGGAAGAUGCCUGGAGACUAGCUACUAAGCAACCGACAAAUGAAACUUAUGCUGUAAAAACUGAUUCCGCAGGAACUCCGGCCAACACCAGUGCCAGUAAUUUAGAUGAUGAUAUGCAACAACGACAUAUGCAACAACUCUUUGAAAAGAAGCGACGGCGACGAGAAUCACAUAAUGCUGUAGAGCGUCGGCGUCGAGACAAUAUUAACGAACGCAUAUAUGAGCUGUCGACAUUGCUACCGGAACGCGAUGCUAGCAAAAAUAAUAAGGGCACCAUUCUGAAAAAAUCGGUGGAUCACAUCCGAAUGUUACAUGAAGAAGUCCAUCAAUACCAACAAAGGAUCCAAGAACUAGAGGGAAUAUUAGAAAUGCAUCGAGUAAGGAUGGGCAAUCUAUCGUACCCCAUCUUGGAUGUAUCUUCAAUACAACCUUCUCUUGGCAAUUUCAACCAUACCACUUCCACCUACCGUCGUAGAUAA